GUGGCUCCCAUUCGAAGGCGACGGCGGUCGUCUAUGGUAUAUUUCAGCAGUAAUCUCUCCAGAAAAAAGGGCGAAAUAACUCCGAGCAGGCAGCGAAUUUACGUUGAGAUUUUUCUUUUCAAAUUCUUCUCGGUUGAGCUUGUGGCAGAGCUCUGUAAUGACGGGGUGUGCCGAGAAUUUGAAUUAGCUCGCCGUUAGUUUGAAGAAAGAGUGAGUCGGGGGUAGAGAGAUAGAGAGAGGAGCCAUUUUGUCCCGACUGUGUGGGAGAAAAGAAAGAGUGGAAAAGAGGAAUCACACGGAAGGAUAUCCUUAUUUUUUCUGUUUCUGUUCUCAUGCUGUAAAGGGGGAGAAAAACCAGUCGGGCUUGGGAUAUAUAUAUAACUUGUAGGACACGGUAUUGGUGGUGGUGGUAUUUAGCCGACUAGCUUGCCAAGCUAAUCAACACAUCCCAGAUUGUUAACAAGAGAACAGUUUGGCUAAGGAGCUGGCUUUAGACUGCACACAAGCGUGCUAGGGGAAUAUAUACAUAUUUUUUUUGUAUCUUAUCUGGGGUAAUCACAAGCUGUGUUUCAAUGGCGAAGAAGACUUACGACUUGCUGUUCAAGCUGCUUCUGAUCGGGGACUCGGGCGUGGGGAAGACCUGUGUUCUGUUCCGCUUCUCUGACGACGCCUUCAACACCACCUUCAUCUCCACCAUAGGAAUAGACUUCAAGAUCAAAACGGUUGAACUACAAGGAAAGAAGAUUAAACUACAGAUCUGGGACACAGCGGGCCAGGAGCGGUUCCACACCAUCACCACCUCCUACUACAGAGGAGCCAUGGGCAUCAUGCUGGUCUACGACAUCACCAACGCCAAGAGCUUCGAAAACAUCAGCAAAUGGCUGCGCAACAUCGACGAGCAUGCAAAUGAGGACGUUGAGAGGAUGCUGCUAGGCAACAAGUGUGACAUGGAGGACAAGAGGGUCGUACCAAAAGCCAAGGGGGAGCAGAUUGCAAGGGAGCAUGGCAUUAGGUUUUUUGAGACGAGUGCUAAGGCCAACGUCAGCAUCGAGAAGGCUUUCCUCACGUUAGCAGAAGACAUCCUCAGAAAGGUGAGUACGCCUGUAAAAGAGCCCAACAGUGAAAACGUGGACAUCAGCAGCGGAGGCGGAGUCACAGGCUGGAAGAGCAAGUGCUGCAGUUGAACAAGUCCUCGGUUUCACUCUCACACACACACUAACGCACACACACACACAUCAAGACACACACACACACACAUAUUCUGUUUCUCUCUCUUUCUAACUGCUAACUCUAACUCUCUCGCUCUCUAACCUGUCUCAUGAGUUUUUCUUGCACACUGACACUCUGUCUGUCUCUUUAUCAGAAUAAAACAAUAAACCACUUCACUCUCUAAUCCCCCCUCCUCCCCUCCCUACACCAUAUUCUUCCACUCUCCAUCUGAUGAUCAUGUUUAUUUCUGAUAAAAAGAGAAAUCCAGUCACGUUUCUUGUCAUUUGUUUUAAAAGUUGUUAAAAAAGAAAAAAAAAUGAUAAAGAAAUAAUGUGUGAAAAGACAAGCUCAUAUUUUUAAUAUUUCCUUUGCCUGAGCUCACCUGGUUGGACACCCCCACCCUUAACCCCACCCUCACCCCGCACCCACGUCACUCACUUUCGGUCAGAGGAAAUCUAAAUAAAAGAAAAUGGAACAAAAAAAGACAACUGUAGGAUUAACAUUUUGUACUCUUUUCUGUUGUCUAACCGUAUUUGGUCAUUUGCAAUGUGUUACCAAGUGACAGAGGCGUGGCUAGCUCCUUUUGUAUGUGGGGGUUUAUUUUGUCCUGUGCCUUAUAUGGAAGACAGGGGCGGGGCUAGUGUUGUGGGCGGUGCCACAUCCACCCAAUGAAAUUACAGUUUAAUAAUCUGUCGGCUCUGUCAUGAGGACGCCGCAACUGAAGCGGGAACGUUUGAAUUUCUCCUCCGGCCAAGAGAACGGCAUUAUACAGUAUGUCCUGUUAAUUGAUGUUUUUAUUUUUAUCUGUAUGAUUUAUUUUACUUAUUUUUUUUUUCCUAUUUUUGGGUUUGAUUUAUUUUUAUUUUGUUUCCUGCAUGCAGAUUUCUUUGGGUUGGAAGCGUUUCUGUAACGUUGUGUAACGUUUGCCACUGGGUAACUGUGGGCGGGAGGUACACAAGUUCUCUUUGGAAAUUCAAACAGUUUUGCAGAUCCAUUAAAAAUAAGCUUGUUUAAGUUAA